AUGUACUACUGGAAGCCCGGUUCCAGAUGCGAGGUAGGACUCUGGCGGGGUUGCUUGCCAAAUUUAAAUAUGUUUCAAGAUGAAUACGAAUGCGUCGCUACGUGCAUAUUUACUGCCAGGGCCAGGGCCCAAGACUAUCACAGUGUAAAUGAAAUCGGAGAAAGUGGCUAUGAUGAAACUACAGAUACUACAGCAAGUAGUGACGACAAUUGUACUGUUACUUCUGCGGGAGAUACUGUUACUUUUGCGGGAGGUACUGUUACGUCUGGCAAUGUUAAUAUCGGUGGCGAAAAUGCAAGAGCAACCUCUAGUGGUAACGAUCAAUCGACGAAUUCCGACCAGGCAGGCGCAACAAAUGGUCAUUCGGAAGGGAUAACGACAACUGAAUAG